AUGAUCCUACGGACUCUCUUACUGAUCCUCAUCGCUCAAGUCACAUGGUGUCAAAUCGGUCAACCAGGACAAGCACCCGGUCAAGUACCGCUGGACCCAGGAUACCAACAACCGCUAGAACCAAUCAAAAAUAUUCUCCAAGGAUCAUACGGUAACAAUGUGACACUGUACUUCCGGAACAGUCCGUAUCGUGUAAUGGGUGAUUUGACUGUUGAAUAUGGCGUCACCAUGGAUAUCGAAACGGGUACAAGACUGUAUUUUGAUACGGGUGUCGGUUUAAUCGUUAAAGGAACCCUCAGAGCAAUUGGCAAUGAAUUCGCGCAUAUCGAAAUGCUUCCAUAUCAACAGCAAAUCAAUUAUGACUCCGAGAUGCCCAAAUUUCGGCUGGUUGACGGUCCUACAGUAAGACAAGGACGCCUACAAGUGCAAUUCAGGGAUCGAUGGAGAUCCGUGUGUACGAUGGUCACUAACUGGACCUCCAUCGACACUGGAACGGCGUGCCGUUCCAUGGGCUACUCGGACGGAGGAUUCUGGAAAUGGAUGCUACGAAACAAUGACACGUAUCCAUUCGUAAUGCCAAGACCUGAUUGCCAUGGAUCCGCAAAAAACCUAUGGGAUUGUCCAGCAUUCUCGGACCCAAAUAAGAUCAGAUUAUCUGAAAAUUUGUGUCAAGGAGAAGAUGAUUUGGGGAUUUAUUGUUGGGGACCUCCCACGUUUCAAGGGUGGGCGAGACAUUGGAAAGGGAUUCAGAUUCUGAAUUCUCCGUUUCAUUAUGUGAAUUCGGACCCGGAUUUGGUGGCGGUGAAUCGAGAAUCGAAUUCGAGAUUGGAGUUUGUGGAUAUACUGUAUGCUGGAUAUGAUGGAUCCAUCAAAAACGUCACAUCAGCUUUAUACAUCGAAGGAGUGCCUCCUAUAAUGAAUGGGUUACGAAUAGAGCAUAGUGCACGGGAUGGCUUGCAGUUGUUGGAUACAAACGGACCCGCCAUAAUAGCCAACUCAACCUUCUCCCAUAAUCGAGGUCAUGGAAUUUUUGUCGUCAACACCACAGAUGCCCGAAUUUUCAUAAAUAACACUAGAAUCGAAGGGAAUUGGGGUGAUGGAAUAUGGUAUAAGCAACGGACGGGCGUCACAUUGAUUGAUUACGGUAUUCGAGAAAAACGUGGAAUCGGAUCCGGAAGGUUGGAAGAGGAAAAGCCAAGAAUCGAUAUGUGUGGAGAUCACAAAAUUUCUGAUAAUCACUUUUUUCCACACUUGAUUUCUGUUAAUUUGAAAAAUCGAACGUUUUUGGAUCCGAGUCAACCGUCGAGUUGUUGGAUGACUGUCUCUCUUCCACCCCGUCUACCGUACACCUACAGUCUCCAAUGGCUACACAUUCGAAAUUUGAAUCCAUCAAAGACCCAAACCACUCUUCUCAUCUGCGAUUCCAACAACCCCGACGAGAAUCAUUGCUCAACUCCAAGAUUUCGAAUUCCGAUCCGCGAUCAAAUUUAUCCGCAAAGUGUCUCUCUGAAAAGUUCUGGAAAGCCAUUGUAUUUAGCAUUGGAGCACGUUUUGGAUAGUGAGCAGGCUGGAUAUGUUCAAAGAGACGUUCAUUUGCUUUUCAACAUUCAUGCGUCGGUUUUAGACAAAGCCUACUAUGGCCUGAACGUUACCAAUUGCAUCAUUGAGAAGAAUACGGGAAAUGGAGUGUUCGCAAAUGAUAUUCGAGAGAGGACAUCGCUGACUAAUGUGACUUUGGAUGAGAAUCAGGGAUACGCUGGUUUUUUGGUCAAGGACGGCGCCGCUGAUAUCUGGCUGAACGAGACCCGGAUUUUUCGCAAUUGGGGUGAUGGAAUGAAUAUUUCGUAUGCUGGUGGAUCGAUAAUGGUGAAUGGGACCAGAAUUGAGAAUAAUCGUUGGAGAGGCGCCGCAAUUCACUAUAACCAAACGAUUCCAUUUUUUCCACUAUACAACGAAGUGAUUUUUAAAGGACGCCCAUCGAACAACAAAUUCUAUCUGCCUACAGUAAUCUCCGAAAAUGAGUGGGGUGGUUUAUUGAUUGGAAACUAUUGUGCUUACGGGAACGAAUCGCAUUGGAGGUGGAAUUUCAAAAAUCCCCCUAUCCAGUCCUUAUUUCCAAAAUUGGAAUCAAAAAUUUUGAUCUCGUGGGUCGAAUUUCUAAAAAAUCAAUAUCACCCUUCCCUGGAAAUCUUUUCGUGUCGAGACCCAUAUGUGACCCAGAAUUUAAUCGAUAUUACCGGAAAUCGAAUCGAUGGAAAUUUGGGAUUUGGAAUGAGGAUAUCACCGGCGGUUAACAUGCACACACUGAUAAGCUCUAAUCAGUUCUUGCAUAAUAAUGAUACGGCGUUGUAUGUGAGGAAUGCACAAUGGCCAGAGCUUGCGAAUUUGCCAGCAGAGGUCACAAUCUCCAAAAAUGUGUUCAAAUUCAAUCAUGCCAAAUAUAUCAUAUCGAUUGGAAUGAACGAGGAUGCGAAUAAGCAGUUUUUGACAUUCAAUCAACAAAAUGAGAUUCGCGCCAAUACCGUAUUCGACCCAUUCCCUUCCCUACCUCCAAGAAGUACACCAUACGCGGCACUAGUCGUAUCAUCAUCAAAUGUUCGAAUUCAUCGUAAUUGUUUCAACAAUGAGCGAGCUAAAUACGAAAUAGCUACCGAGCUAGAGAGACAUGCGAAAUGGAUUGACGCCAGAGAGAAUAAUUGGGGAUUUCAAGAGAUUCCAAGAUUCAUCGACAAGUUUUUCGAUCAAUUCAAUCGAUAUUCAUUGGCAUCCAUUGAUAUUGAUCCUUAUAUGGCUGCUUGUAACCAGAGGAUGCCUUAUAUUAGUUUGUUAAAUGGACAGUUUCGACAGUUUAAGAAGGCAUCCGAACCGAAUAAGUUGGGAGGAAUCAUUUAUGAGAAUCAUGAUUUGUUGAAGGGUCGCUACACGGUCACCGAAGAUCUCCAAGUGGUUCCCGGAGCGAAGCUAACCAUAGCCUCCGGCUCCACACUGGAGUUUCAGCAUGGAAUUGGGAUGAUAGUUCAAGGAGAUUUGAUUCGAAACGAAUAUGAUCAAGAUGAGAAAGUGAUAUUCACUUCUACCCCAUUUACUCUACAAAAACGCCAAAAUAUCCGUCUGGUGGAUUCAGAUGGGAAUGAUGAGGUGACAGAAGGAAGGCUUGAGGUUCUGGUGGAUGAGCAAUGGGGUACUGUAUGUAAUCGAAGUUGGACACCCCAGUUGACCAUUCUGGCUUGUAAUCAAUUGGGAUUAGUCGCUGAUGUGCAGUAUUUUGAGAAUUGGAGGAUUUUCCCAGAGGCUGGAGAUCUUCCAAUGGUUAUGGAUAAUAUAAGAUGCGAGGAGAAUGAAGUGGAUAUUACAAGAUGCAGACAUGAUGGAAUUGAGAGAAAUUGUGCAGCUGGGUGCAGGGGUACUGAGGUUGUUGGUCUCCGCUGUCUGGAACCCCGUUGGGCAGGUGUUCGUUACUCCUUGCUAGCCAACCCACCUACAGUAACCGGUCAGACUACAAUGGAUAAUUGGAGAAUCGAAAAAGGCGGACUUUUCAAUUUCCGGACUUCUGAGUUUUGUGCAGCUUUUAAAAUCGAUUGGAACUAUCACACAUUCCAUCGGCUAGAGAUCAAGAACAAUUUCUGGGAUGGUGUAGAUGUUGUAUACAAUGAUUUGGUCAAAAAGCCAGCUAUUCGGAAUAGUGUUAUUUAUAAUAAUCGAAACAACGGAUUCCAUAUUAGAUCGGCAGGGAUUACUGUAGAAAAUGUGACGAUAUCGUUUAGUGGACAGUCUGGAAUGAGAUAUAAUCCAUCGAUUUCGGCGCUAGAACAAGAGGAUAUUGUUUCGUGGUUGAGUUUAAAGGAGCAGCCUGAGUUGGAGGCUAACAAUAUUUUUCGAAUUCCGGAUCAGAAGUUGGAUUUGAUUGAAGUCAUGGAAUCGAAUUUGAAUCAAAGGAAAUUUUUAGUUGCGGCAGAUACAGAGGAUUGUCCUGAAGAUCCCCUCCAAGAAUGUGUCUAUAAUCUAAUGAUACGAUCAGUUGGUUAUCAAUACGGUCUAGCUUCAAAAAUGACCAUUCAAAUUGUCAACCCUCCAUCAAACAUUUCUGAUGAAGACGCAAUUUUCACAGAGGUCUCGACAGGAAAAUCAUGGAGUGCUAGGAAAGAUCAAAUUUAUUUCCCGGUAGUCUCCACUGAAAAUGCGAUGCGAAUGAGGUACACAAAAUCGUAUGGGAAACCGAAACUUGUGAUUUUGGUCCUCUUUUUGGAUACCCAAGAAUACGUUGACCGCUUCAUCCACCUCUAUCAAUCUCGUGUUGAAGACAAUCAAUACGGAUUCUCAGCAGUUCACUACUCGAAUUUGACAUUUUCGGAUGGACGUCUCUCAAAUCGUUGGAAUAAUGAAAAAAUCUGGUUGCAAAAAGUGAAUUUCACCAGAAACCAUGAAGCAGUCGUUUGGUUACACUCUCCACAGCAUUCUGUGGUUCCUGGGACCCCGAUUGCUGAAAUUACUUAUCACUUUGAUAAUUGUAGUGUUGUUGAUAACACUGGACCAAUUAUUGAGUCCCAUAGAGAUUUGUAUGCUUCGGCAAAUGUGUUUCAUUGGAUUUUAUGGUCCAAUACUUUUGCGAAUAAUACAAGAAGUGGAAUUGCGGUCGCUCUACCGGAUACCUAUGAUUUGCUGGCUAAACAGACGCAUAGUUUUUGGCUAACCGAGAACCGCUUCGAAAGGAACGACGACUUCCGAAUUCUUCUAGAUGGCUACUACGCAUUCGCCAACAUUUCCUCCAACAAUUUCACCCAAAACCUGGCCCCAUAUAAUUUUGGAAUGCUAGAACUCCGAGGAAUGGAAAAGAAACUAGUCUGCGAAAGAAAUCGAUUCUUCUUCAAUUGGGGUCACUGGAUGAUCAAAAUCGAUGCCACCUCCCAAUACCUAAGACAAAUUGAUGUUCCAAGCUAUGUCCGUUACAACUACAUUGAGAAAAAUAAGUUUAUUCGACAAAGAGCCGACUAUGUGGACAUGUGGCCGAGGUCCUAUGCAUUAGGAGUGUUUGGUGCUCAAAAAAUCGAAGUUCAUUUCAAUAGAUUCUUCAAUGAGCUGAUGGAUUUCGAGCUUGUAUCUGGAACUAAAUACACAGACAUUUACGACACCAUGAAUGCCACCUACAAUUGGUGGGGUACUGGCAACGAAGCUGUCAUAUCCCAACGAGUUUUUGAUUUCGAUGACUGGAACACUUACACACGAGCCAUAUGGUCCCCAUUCUAUGUCUCCAACGAUUUAUCGAUUAAUUUCUGGUGGAAUCCUCAUCGAGAUGGACAACUGGCAAAUGCAACGUAUUUGGAGCCUAGUAUUCAUGAUUUACAUGGACGAGUUUAUGAGGAUAAGAAUUUAACAUUGAUUACGGAGAGAUGGUACGAAUUCCCGCAUUAUUACCGCCCGUUCCGUCCCUACCGUAUUACUCGUGACGUCACUAUUAUGCCUGGAGCCACGCUGUAUAUUCAAGAAAAUGUUGAGGUUCAUAUUUGGCCAAAUGUUAGGAUUCUGGUGUUGGGAAAUCUAGUGGCGAAGGGGUCGUAUUGGCAGCCUAUACGAUUCAAACCAAUCAACACCACUGAAUACGCCGAGAUUAAAGGGCGAAUUCCGUCAGAGUACAGGAAGAAAAGGGGCGUGGUUUUGGAGGAAAAAAAGCCUGAAAAGCCUAAUGGACAUCAUAUAGAGAAAAGGCCGGGAGUAGACCAGUCUGAAGCCCCUAAAAGCCGCCCCAACCGCUCCGACCGGGCCGAACACGCUGGUCGGCCACGACGAGCUUCCGACCGCUCCAAGCCCGACUUGGUCUACCGAGACUUCCCCACCCUCCACCGCGAUGAUCCCUACUACCAACGCUUUACAGUAUCCCUAACAGCAAACGGUUCGGAUUACGGUAGAAGUGGUUUCCUACAAAUUUACAACGCAACUACUGGAGAAAUCGUUCCAUCCUGUGAUCGACAAUUCACGAUAAGAAAUGCUCAAGUUGUUUGUAGAGAAUUGGGGAUGGCCACCCAAAAUGUGUACCAUUGGCUGACCCCUCGAUGGGAUUAUAAUCCUCAAAUUCAAAUUCUAAAGACAUAUAUGGAACCCAGAGAGUGUCGAGGCGAUGAGCCAAGUCUGGAUAGAUGUAACUUGAGGUUAUCUGGGAGGGAUGAGCAAUGGAUGUGCAUGGAUUCGGAGCAUUUCAAUUAUAUCUACUGUGGAACGAAUAGGAGCUUGUCAAAGGAGUAUAUUGGAAAUUGGGGAGGUAUUACGUUUGCCCAGCCGACGCUGGAGCAUGAAUAUGGGGAGCGGAGAGGGUCCAGGAAGGAGAAGUCGAUUUUGCAAAAUGUGGAGAUUGUGGGAGGAGGCGCGGGGCAUAAUGAUUCGUGGCAGAGUGCAGGACUCCAAAUCUUCCAUCGCUCCCCUAUUCUGGACCACGUGAAUGUGACCAAUUGCUCAGUCCAUGGAGUCCAGAUAGUGUCCCCAAAUGAUCAUAUAACUCUGGCAAAUUUGAAUGUGACAUUUAAUCAAGGAAAAGGUGUCAAUAUAAUUACGACAUUUGUCCAAGCGCCCAGCACAUCGCAAGAUACAAUGAGACAGCCGAUGAGUAUAUCGUACUACAGUCAGGGAAUGUUGGAUAUGUGUGCAGCUGUCAAACGGUUUGAGGUCAAGAAUCGGAUUAUGUUCUACUACAAAUAUGACUCCUAUCCUGUGGAUUGUGUGAAGAUCUUCACCUCCCCGGGACGUCGUGUAGCCUUCCGAAUCGUACAGUACCACCUCUACUCCUCACCAACAGAUUUAGGCCGCUCGGAUGCUCUGCGUCUCUAUAGUUCUGACUCAUUCUCUCCGUCUAGUCUUCUGGCUGACUUUAGAAGUGAUUAUCAGUCUGUGGAUCCAUCAGUUGCCGUGUCUUCUGAAGAAAUCGCCGUUCAUUUGAGAGCCACAGCUGCUGACGGCGUCUAUGGAUUCAUUGCGGAGGUCUCGGCAUUGCCAAGCAAUUCUGAGCAACAUACGGUUGGAGAAGUGGUCAUUCGAGGGUCUCGAAUGGAUAACAACGAUCGUGGCGCCAUAGAAUACUCGAAUUUAGGAGAAAUGAGCCCGAAUCUGGUCAUUGAGAGCUCCUCGUUCUCUUUUAAUGGAAUUCAUUUAUUCGGGAACGUUUCUACAUCAAGCCAAGCUAUUCAGCUCCAUUUGCAUAAUACUGUGUUCUUCCUAUUCCGAUCCAACUCUAUUGCUCAUAAUCGUGGUGGACUAUACAUUUCCGCUACAUCCAGUAGUCCGGUGGUCCGUUUGGGUGCUCUGGUGAAGAAUUGCAUGUUCGUGUAUAACAGUAAUUCGACUACGGUAGCGUUGAGCGGGAAUAAUUAUCAAUCGAUAUCCCUCCUGAACAACGUUAUCAGUCAUAACUACGCUCUCUAUCAUGAUACGGUAGUUGCCCAUGACGUUUCCAUCAACAUGACGAGGAAUACAUUGUACUCAAAUACGGGUCUACACACUUUGGACAUCCAUGCAAACUCGAGAAUCUCGGCUGACAAGAACCUAUUCUUCUAUAAUCAUUUUUAUGACAAUUUGGCACUGGGACACGGUCAACAGUACAUUGAAAAGUAUGGAUAUCAACCGUUGAGAGAGAAUAACGAGUUUUUGAAUCGACCCAGAAGAGAUACGAGAGAUAAAAGACAGGUCCUCACUCAACAAGGUGUUUCUUUCGACUGGUGGACGCAUGUGGACAACGAAACGACUCGUUAUCGAUCGACGAUUAUCGCUGGAAGCUCUCAGGAGAUUUUCAAGUAUAACACAUUCAAUGAUCCUUUAAAUGACUACGAAUUGACAACUGGGAGACAAUCACAAUAUGAAAUUGGGUCAAUCGAUGCGAGAGAUAAUUAUUGGGGAUAUCCGGGAACGAUUGGUGUGGCUGCUGGAAAGAUUCGAGACGCAGAGGAUUAUCCGGAGCUGGUGAAAGUUCAAUAUUCACCUGUGAUGGAGUCGAAUACAAGUUUGGUGGAGGGAGAUUGUCCGGCUGGAUGGUUUCAGGCUGGCCACGAAGAAUUCAAGUCCUGCUUCCUCUUCGUUCCAGCUGCAGUGACCUACACAAAAGCUGUGGAGUACUGUAAAGAGCUAGGUGCAUUUGUACCGUACCUGAGAAUCGAUGAUGUGCUACAAACCGAGCUGGCGAAGAGGAUAGAGAAAUUUUCGAUUGAUUAUAUAACGGAUCAAGAGAGAUUAAAGGCUUAUGGAGUGGAAGAUGAUAUACAUUUAUGGAUCUCUUCAGUUGGAAUUCCAAAUACCCAGUGUGGAUGGUUAAGUGCGAGAAGUCGGAAAAUUGGAAGUGUUAAUUGUAAUUUAUUGCUUCCGUUUGUCUGUGAAAAGGGGACACAUCCUUAUUCGGAACCGAUUCUCUGGAGACCUGGAAUUAUUAUUCCUCUGGUCAUUGCCUCGGUUAUUUUGGCACUUUUACUGUUUUUGGUCGUUUGUUGGUGUGUGAAGUCGAGGGAACGAAGUGAGGAACUCAGUGAGAGAAAGAAUAUCGUUAGAGCGAGUUUCAAAUUGCAAAAGCGCGAGCAAGAAUACCAAAAACGAAAAAUGAAAUCUGGCUCCGAACACACUCACACCUCAGCACAUGCUAGUUUGGAUGGCGGAUCAACGAUCAGUGCAUAUGAUUGGCGCGCCGGUCGUCAACCGCCCCGCCAAGUGGCUCGUUCCCCAACUGACACUUUGAGCACCGCCACAUCAGACCACACUUAUUCAUACGCCGCCUACACCCCACAUGGUGGUCCAACAACAGGGACUACAGUAUCUGGAACGUUCCAGUCGAGACGCCAAAACCGUCACGUCUCCACCAAUCCAAAUGGCUACUCGGAGAUCACCAAUCCAACCACAACUACCGUACCCUACAGUAGUUCUACAGUAACCGGGACUACUGUAAAAAUGCGCGCACACCAGAUGAGAAGCGAUACGACGUCUGAUGUGACGUCUUGUAGUACAUGUCCAUCGGAUUCAGAACGAACAUCAACUGCAACUGAUAUAUCAUCAAAUUAUACUUCUGAAGCCUCGGAAAGUACUAUUCAAAGUACUGUAGUUAACCAUAGAAGGUCUCCACGGCCUCCAAGAAGUCCGAUUCCAGCCAUAAGACGAUCAAAUCAGUUUUUGAACAUGACCAAUAACUUUCAACCAUUGCCAACUGAUCCGCCAAGACCUCCACCACCACCGCUUCAUCAAUCUCAAUCAUCUUUAAAUCACUUCGUUGAACUACACGCUCCGCCUCGAACAGGAGGAUCUCUAAAAUCCAAAAAACCAGUCAUUGAAACUUCUAUGUGA